UAAAUAAGAUCUUUUUCAUGGGAGCUUAGCAUAGGAAAAGGGUUAUACUUAUAGCAUGUGUUUAACCUCGGAUUAUUCUUUGCUUAUUAUUUAUUUAAACGAAAAGGGAUUAAUCAUAAUUCUUUAAUCGUAAUUAGAAACAUUUGUAUGAAGGGAAAUCGAUUGAGUUAGUGAUUACUGUGCUAGUACAUUGGGUUUUUUUUAUUGUUUGAAACAUGUUGACUUUUUGGAACUAAGGUGACAUAAGCUUAAUGUACAUUUUGAAGUAUUAUUGCAUUAUACAGAGGACAUGAGCAGUGUGUUAUUGAGUACUUGGAACUAAAGAGACAGUUACACAUUACUUCAUUUCGGAGUUAUUGCUUACUUGAGCAUUGUACAGUUUAAUUUGUUGUGACUUAUUGAACUGGCGGCUAUAGAGAGGCCACAAUUACAUGUAACCUCACUUUGGAAGUAUUUUUCUAUAUACAGAAACCUUGAGUUGUUAGUAUUCUUAUUUAGUAGGAUAUUACUUCCAUCCAAUGAAUGGAAGGUCAAUUAUUAUAUGGAAUGUUAAAAGCAGAAAAUACGAAAUUCUAAUGAUCGAACACUAGUUGUAAUUAUUUGAUAAUUAAGGAUGCAGUGAAAAAGAGAAGCGAACAAUCUGAAACAAUUCGUUAAGGCAUUGACUUGAGGUGAAACGAAGCAGACAAAAAUAGGACUGAUCUUGCGUAAGAGAGCAACACUACGUCAUAUAAGAUUAAGUAGAUAAUUGUUUAAAUAAUAGUCAAAAUGAUGAAACGACUUUCGUUAGCGGUUGCUCAAGGAGGUGGUGCUAGUACAAUAACAGCAGCGUCCGAGAUGGGAGAUAGCACCGUCACGGAGAGUACAUUAAGUAAAGCACAUAGGCCUUCCCUCGCUGGGGUUAUGUUGUCUAGGAAAUUUGCUAAGAGAAUGUCAGUGAAGCUUUCAGAGCGUAGAGGGCUGGGUACCAUCGGCAGUUCGUCUGCUGGAAUGAUUCCGGAAAAGGAACCAACGUAUCGUAUGGAACCAGCUAAGAAAUUCAGUUAUGCCGCCGCUGAAAAGGUGAUAAAAGAAGUACUAGAUGAAGCAUUUGAGGGAUUGAAAUAUAACCCGAAACAGUGUUCAAAACUUAUUAAAGCGCUGAGUGAUGAAAUUAAAGACAGAGUGAAACUGCUAGGUUACGACAGAUAUAAGAUUGUCUGUAUAAUGGCUCUAUGUCAGCGAUCUGAACAGGCAGCCGUUUGUAGCAGUAGAUGUAUUUUAGACAAGGUCAAUGACACAUAUGCAACUUAUACGUUCAAAAACGAGAGUCUGAUUUGUAGUGCGACAGUGUAUGGCAUUUACAGGGAAUAGGACAUUGAAAGACGGUAGCCACCGCGUUUGCAGCUGUCAAAAUUUAUUUUCAAAAUUCCAUAAGAGAUCAUACUAUAAAUGGCCCGUUUCCCAUUUUACAUGAUAUGAUUUUGUGAUCAUGUUGAAAGUGAAUAACAGUUUACUACGUUUAAAGACAUUUCUCGGUAUUGUUUAAGGACAUCUAAAAUAUACAUUUUAAAAAUCCUAAAACAAUGUUAUUGGUAAAAACUGUCUACAUUCCUGACAUAGUGCAGAGACUUUUACACAAUACUUUCUUUUGAACUCACUUAAUUGCUUAUAUUAUUACUUUUCAUAGAUAGUUACUAGCAAAUCAUUCCAUAAAGUUCAUUUUUCAAUGUUAAAAAGCAAUAAAUCAGGAACUAUGUCUCUUUUAGUAAAACGCUUUACUGGAGUUCUUUCCCCACUUGAAGUCUAGAACCAGUGCUUUUUGUUAUACGAUAUAAUUUAUUUAUGACUAUAAUUUAUUUAUGAAUAUAUGCAUUUAAAUGUUUACAAUCUUUUAAACAGAGAUUAACAUCCUUAUGA